UAAUUCUUCAAAAUUAACAACGAGAACUCUCUGGUUUCUUCUUCUCUCCUUCGGAUUCUUCUCGAAUAUUUAAAUUUUCCUCUUCGUUUCGCCCAAAUUAUCGUCAAUCUCUGCAAGUUUUUCCGCCGGAUUUCCUCCGAUUUCUUGUUCGACGGUACAGUUUUCCAUGGCCGACGAAGCCAAAGCCAAGGGUAAUGCGGCGUUCUCAGCCGGCGACUUCUCCACCGCCGUCCGCCACUUCUCCGAUGCUAUCGAACUCGCUCCUACCAAUCAUGUUCUCUACUCUAAUCGAUCUGCUGCUUAUGCUUCUCUCCAUCAAUAUUCCGAAGCCUUGGCCGACGCGGAGAAGACUGUGGAGUUGAAGCCCGACUGGCCCAAGGGUUACAGCCGACUCGGCGCUGCUCAUCUCGGCCUCGGAGAACACGAGGCGGCUAUAUCGGCUUACAAGAAGGGGCUUGAGAUUGAUCCUAACAAUGAACCUUUGAAAUCUGGACUGGCUGAUGCUCAGUCUGCGGCUUCCAGGUCGCGGCCAGCGCCUCCGCCGAAUCCCUUCGGCAACGUUUUCUCCGGGCCCGAGAUGUGGGCUAAGCUGACCGCUGAUCCGACGACUAGGGCUUUUCUGCAACAGCCUGAUUUUCUGCAUAUAAUGCAGGAGAUUCAGAGAAACCCUAACAGUAUAAAUACGUAUUUGAAGGAUCAGAGAGUAAUGCAAUCGUUAGGGGUUUUACUGAACUUGAAGAUGCAUAAUCCGGCGGAGGAGGAACCAGAUGUUCCUGCUGAAUCCUCAUCUCCGCCAGCGGAACGAAAAAGAGCUGCGGAGGCCGAGCCGGUGAAGGAGCCUGAACCAGAGCCUAUGGAAGUGGCGGACGAGGAUAAGGAGGCUAAGGAGAAGAAGCUGCAGGCACAGAAGGAGAAGGAGGCGGGCAAUGCGGCGUACAAGAAGAAGGAUUUCGAAAAGGCAAUUAAUCAUUACUCUAAGGCGUUGGAGUUGGACGAUGAGGACAUCUCUUUCCUUACAAAUCGUGCUGCUGUCUAUUUGGAGAUGGGAAAGUACGAGGAGUGUAUCAAAGAUUGUGAUAAGGCUGUUGAGAGGGGAAGGGAGCUGAGGUCAGACUUUAAGAUGAUUGCAAGGGCUUUGACCAGGAAAGGAACAGCCUUUGUGAAAAUGGCAAAAUCUUCAAAUGAUUAUGAUAUUGCUAUAGAAACCUUCCAGAGGGCUCUUACCGAGCAUAGAAAUCCUGACACCCUGAAGAAACUUAAUGAUGCUGAGAAAUCAAAGAAGGACUUAGAGCAACAAGAGUAUUUUGAUCCUAAGAUGGCUGAUGAGGAACGGGAAAAAGGCAAUGAGUAUUUUAAGCAGCAAAAAUAUCCCGAGGCCAUGAAACAUUACUCAGAAUCCUUGAAGAGAAACCCCAAGGACGCAAGGGCAUAUAGUAACCGUGCUGCAUGCUAUACCAAGUUGGGGGCAUUGCCUGAGGGAUUGAAGGAUGCAGAGAAGUGCAUCGAGCUUGAUCCUACGUUUGCAAAGGGCUAUACAAGGAAAGGUGCAAUUCAGUUUUUCAUGAAAGAAUAUGAGAAAGCUUUGGAAACUUAUCAGGAGGGAUUAAAACAUGACCCUAAAAACCAAGAAUUGCUGGAUGGUAGCAGAAGAUGUGUAGAACAGAUUAACAAGGCAAGCCGUGGGGACUUGACCCCUGAAGAAUUGAAGGAAAGACAGGCCAAGGCGAUGCAGGACCCAGAAAUCCAAAAUAUUCUCACAGAUCCCGUAAUGAGACAGGUGUUGAUUGAUUUCCAGGAAAAUCCAAAGGCCGCGCAAGAACACACCAAGAAUCCAAUGGUGAUGAACAAAAUCCAGAAGCUGAUUAGCGCAGGAAUUGUCCAAAUGAGAUGAACAAAGCAACCCAAUUACCAUCAACUGGUCAGAAAGAUUUCUUAUAAUUUUCAAGUGCAGUUUGGAGUGUGUAUCGUUUUGAAUUAUUGAGAUAGACCCGUUUUGAAGUUGAAAUAAUUUUCUUGCUUAAUUUUUGUUUGAUUAUUGGUUUUUGAUCCCUGGCUAAUCUGUUUUGGAACAAACCCAAACAUCCUGGUUUAAAUUUCAAACGUAUUUAGCAGUGCCAGUGGCUAAUGUGGAAUGAUCUUUCAUGUCCAAAAUAGCGACUGCUGCAUCAUGUCCACAAACUUACAUCAUGUUCUGCUGCUCUGUUAUUUAACUUUUUUGUUCAGAUAACAAUUCAGCAUGUUCUUCAUUUUAGUGCUUA